UGACGAAAGGUGUGUUGUGUUUGUGUGGUUGUGUUUUUAGGCCUCCAUUGACAUUCUUCAACUAUUGUUCCAUUAUCUCAUUUUUGUGAUUUCUGUGCGUUUAUGUGAUUGUAUCGUCGCACCUCGAAACACAUACAUUUUUGUAAUGUAUUUUAAAUUAUGCAUAAUCAUUUACUUCACAUCUUUAUGUGUAGGAUUGACUUAUACAUCUUCAGAGAAUCGAAAUCACAAGGAUUGGUCAAGCAGUCUGAAAGAUGAUAUAUACAUGGAUGAUGACGAACCGGAGGGGUCUGGACAGAGAGAAAUCAAAGAUGAUCUAGAAUCCAGUGGCUCAGGCUAUGGGCCCGACGAUGAAGAUGGAGAAGGAGGCUCUGGAAUCAAUAUAAAUAAACAACAACCAACCAAAACCAAAACGAUAGUUGAUGAAAACCCGCCUCCAUCACCAGUAGAUCAAGAGAAUGUAGCAGUAAGAACACAAAAUGUGGGUGUUGAAUUUGCUCCAAAUGGUGGCACUGGCGUAAAUGAAAUCGGACCUCCUCCUGCCCGUGAGCCAACAGACGUUGAAGCAACAGACGACAAUAACCGACAAGACAAUGAUGUCACCUAUAGUCCAGAAGACAGAGCUACUUCGUUCUUUGCCCAACCUGGCAUAUUAGCAGCUGUUUUUGGCGGUGCUGUUGUUGGACUUCUGUGCGCUAUUCUGGUAGUUAUGUUCAUUGUUUACCGCAUGCGCAAAAAAGAUGAAGGAUCCUACGCAUUGGAAGAACCCAAACGAUCGCCAACCUCGAAUUCUUACACAAAAAAUUCUCAUAGAGAAUUUUACGCUUAAACUCAAAGACAUUAGCUUGAUUGGCAUAAAAUAUUACUCGGCUAUUUAUUAAAAGAACUGUUUUUCUGCGCAUAAUAAUUAUUCAACCUGUUACUACUUGUACACUUGUUUAAAGUUUUUCGUUGUCGCAGGCGUAGGCACGAGCGCAUAACCUACGUUUUUGCGCAAGUUGUUAAUAGUUAGUUUGAUGGAAACCGGUUUGAAUCCAUGAGUAGAAUGAAAGGAAUUGUAAUAUUCGGAAUAUCUCUUGAAGACAUCAUUAUUCAGUCAUACUUACCAGGGGAUUUGUCAGCUCACAAAGUGUUGCCCUGAAAUGGUUCCCUGAGUUUUUUUUUUAAAUUUUUGGGAAAGUUGAGAAAACUUCAGUUGAAAAUUGAUGGAAAACUUACUUGCUGAAGUUUCUCUCUCCAACUAAAAUAGUUGGAACAUAGUUAUGGUAGCGUUGUGCUUCCCUGCAAGUAUCUUUUUAAGUCAGUUUAUGUCUGGGACUAUUUCAGCGUAAACCUCUGUCGAGUUUGCUCCUCUUUUUGCAAUUUUGUAUAUUAGCGUGCGCACUAGUAGAUCUUAGGUUUUUUUACUCUGAUUUUCUAUGAUACUCGAAAAAGUCCUUGAAAUGAUAAGUACCAACUGCUUAUAUAUUGACGAAUACUUCCUUGUAUUUGUAAUUAGUGGUUUGCAUCAAAGAUUAACUUUUUACUUUUAUUGUUACUGUUUUCAGUAACCAAUUUUUAGCAAACAUGAUUAGUGAAUAAGUUUACCAAAACGUAUUUGACAUGUAAAUCUCUCCCUUUUUUUAAUUGCUUUCGAUCCAACCCUGCGUAAUUUCUCGCAGAUCUUCAUUUUACUAUCUUUUGGUAAAUUUGUAUCUUCUCCGCCCAUUUUUUUGUCUAUUGUUUUAGGCCAUUAGAAACUGAAAAUAUCUUGAAUGAUUAUUUUCCAUUGUGGAUUUUAUCCUGCCGUUUGUUAAUUUGCCAUUUUGAGAUUCCCAUUUUAAAAUUAGAUUUCAACCGUACAUAUCCCAGCCAAGACUAUAUGCGCUCCUCUUUAUCCAUACCAAAGUUAACAGUUUUUUUUAGCUCUUGGUAAUAGAACAACUGUUCAGUUCCUUCUAGUAUGGUUUCUUUGGACUUCAAAAGCAUUAAUAGGGAAUUAAACUUGAUUCGAGGAACACUGAAUAGUUCUUUUUGGCCUUGUCUGAUGUCACACAUUCACCCAGUUUGUUUACUCAGCCAUGAAGCCGUGUCCAAGUUAACUCUAUCUAUGAGCAUUGUCAGAAAAAAAUCCUUUCUCUUUUCUAUCAAAAUGCGUAAAAUAAGCCAUCUUUAUAACAUAAGGAAAGACUGCUCUUAGACAAAAUUAUUGUUGUAUGCUUUAUGUUUAAUUUUUGACUUAGCUUGCGUUAAGCCAAUAAAAAAUCUGGUCAUUAGUACAAACUUAAGGACUUUGUAAGUAAGUCAGUAUCAAAAUUCUGGAACGCAGUCGUUAUCGGGCCACGUAUCUUGAAAAGUAAAUUUUGCAGUUUGUUUCCAGGUGCCUAUUGCAAAUUGUGGCAUAUGAACUAGUCACUCGGUCCACUCAGCUUAUUCUUAUUUUAACAAUGCCACAAUCAAUGAUCCUUCCAAACAAAUCCUUUAAUCUAUUGUAAUUGGUUCUAGGACUGUUACUGGCUUUUCCUCAUCAUUUCCCAUUUUGUGCAUCAAAUGCUUUUGUUUUUAUCAAGCCUGAUUAGUAUCAACAUAGUAUCAACAUAUUAUCAACCAAGGAUUUUCAAAGGAGAAAUUGUAAACAGUAAUGUACAGUUUAUUAAUGAAACUAGCCCCAACUUCGUAGGUGAUUAAUGUCUUUAUACUUUAAUCGUUAAGUAAGCAACCUACACGACAUGAUGAAUGUAUGUGUAUGCAUGUGCGCAUGUCCAGUACAUAUAAUCCAAUUUAUAUGUAUGCUCUAAACUUUGUAAUUAUUGUGCUAUAGCCAAAUAGUCUUAAUUUUAUCCCCUAAAGAACUUAUACGAAAGAUUGUAUACUGUAACAAUUGAGACGGAAAAAUCUUGCUGUAACGACCGUAAAACGCUUUGUCUGAUUCAAGACAAUUCCGAUAUAAAUUUUGAGAAACUUAUCGCCAUUCGCCAUGAUGCACUUUGAUGAAUGCAAUCCAAGCCGUCCUGAACAGCUGAGCAUAAAAAAUCAAAACAUGAAGUUGUGUAAAAAGAAAAUCUUCAUUGACGGAAAUAAUCAAUGUUAAUCGUUGGAAUCAUACUUUCUCCACAAAUAGUUUCUAUUCAGUAUGAACUUAAAACCCAGAAAUGUUGAACUCCUCUCUUGAUCUGUUUGACAAGAGGAAGUUCUUCGAAGAAUAGCAAAAUUUUCACGGCUAAGGAAGCUUUAAAUAUCCCUCUCAUUUUUUCCUUUUCAAUGAAUUUCAUGUGCCAUGCCCACUCUUAAUAUUACUGAUUUGUCUGAUUAUUGCUCAUUGAUACUUAAUCUCGUAGCUAAUUACGGAAAUUUAGCUAAAAAAACACACACAAAUAUAGAAUUCAAAUAGUUCUGAUCAUUGUCUAAUUAUAAUUUUCAAGCUCUGUUUCUUUUUCUCGUAAAUUUGAAACUGAUUUGAUGCUAAGAAAUGUGGUUUCAAAAACACUGAUUUGUUUUUCCCCAUUUCCUCUAAUUUGCAUCUUUCUGUACUUUUAGUGUAGCUCAGUAACAUCUCAUAUUUAUCUCGGCUGUCAAUAGUUUCCUUUUAUGUUUUUAUAUUCCCUGCGGUCAUUUUUGGUUUUAAACUUAAAUUGCUUUCAUGGAUAAUCGCUCUGCCAUUUUUUGUGUGAUACUUCUUUAUUCUGAUUCAAACAUGAAAUUUUUAACUAUUAAUCAAAUAUCUGAUCAGUUGAAAUUUUUUUUAUGGGUGUGUUUGUUUUUGUACUGAGCUGUAAAAGAGCUUCCGUUAAUUUGAAACUUAUCUUCCACUUGAUUUGAAUCAGAGGCAAUUCAUCAUCUUCUUCUUCUUAGACAAAUCCUUCCUUUUAAUUUAUCUAAUCAACUCGAAAAAUCUUCAGAAUGAACAUAAUCAUUAAUGAUUUGAUCUCAGUUUUCUACUUAAAUAGAAAUAAGAUGAGAGAAAUAAUGCCUCCUCAGCACGUAAGAAAGGGCAAAAUUUUUAAUGAAGCACUACAUCAUUUACAUAUUCGUAAUUGCUUGUGGUAUUUUGCGUAAAAAAAAAUGUGUGUUAUUUUCAAAAGCUUUUCCAAAAUAAGAAGUCAGUUCUUACCAAAACAUAACAAAAUAGGCACUGUUAUCUCUCAUUUAGCAAGUUUUUCAUUGUAGUUUUUAUUUAUUUGGAGUACGAUUCUUCAAAUUAUUAUCUGAAUCAAUCAUUGAAAUGUUAGACAUAAUCAAAAUAAUUCUAAAAAAAAAAAAAAUCGAGAAAAGAGUGUAUUUUUUAAGUUAGAGUUUUUGGAAUGUCAGUCCAUUUUUGGACCCUGAUCAAUGUCGACGAACCAUGACAAAAUACACGCUCAAGAGAGUACUUUUACUCAUGUUGGUAUUAUUCACAAACGCAUAACUAAUCUAAAUUAAACGCUGUUCAAUGAACCUAAUAUCUGCACAUCGAAUCGUGUUCCCAUGUAAAGUACGAAAUGAGGCUCCAUCAAAUCGAACAAUAAUCAAUGUCCAUAUAUUUUGAUGUCCAUCGAUGUUUUGAAGCUUUCAAUCAAUGGUCAGCAUCGCUCUUAUACAUUAUGAUAAGUUUCUUUCAAUUUAUGUCUGUCAGUAAUUUUAACUCAUUCACUUGUUUUGUUCUUCCUUUUUCUUUACCUUGUAAACCCUCAAUUAAUCACUGAAACUUAAAUUUUAAGAGUGCAAGAUCUGUUAUUACUCUAACCUGAAGGAGCGAACUUAAUCUUGGUGACCUCCUCCUCUUCUUGAUGUACUAUGUGCCGAUCUUGUUAAUGAAGCUAACUUAGAUAUUCCAGCAAUAUCGUCUCAAACAGUGGAAAUUCAAACUGGUCUCUAUUUAUCCUGCCCUGAUUUGUUUUGAUCAAAUCGUUAUUUUUUAUUUAUUUAUUUUUUUUCAUUUCUUUGUUUAGUACCCAGCCUUGUUUGUACAGAGAUGACAUCCCCGUGAUUUCCGUACUUCUUAAAAUUAUUUUCGUGUCCUCCAAAGGCUCUGCAAUCGGUGGUUGCUCCUAUUAUGAUAUACCAUAUAGUGAAGCCAGUGUAUUUGUUCAGCUAAGAUGUUCAUGAAGUGAUAUUUGUUUCUGAAUGAGGAGAGUUUUUGUUCAACUGAAGUUCUAUGUUUUUCGACUUCUAGAAUUCGAAGCCUCUGGAAUCAAAACCUAUGAAAUCUAUAGGAAUGUCUGCAUUUUUGCUUUAAAAAAAAGCAGGCAAAAAUAUUUAGAAUAAAGAAUUUUAAUCUACUUUUGCACCAAGAGGAAAAUUUUGAGAAAAGUCACAAUAAAACGCAGGUAGAUUUAUCUUCUAAAAAUACGCGUGUAAGAGUAUAUACAGUUCUGUCCUCAGCAAGCAUCUGAAUGUAGCCUCUUUGUUUUUACCUCAAAACUCAAUUUUUUAAAUACAAAAAUGUGUCAUCCAUUACGUGAAUGUUUUGAGCCUGUUACAGCUUGAUCAUUUUUUUAUUUAAUGAAUAUCCCAUUGCAAGAAAACCAGGGAGAUUUCAUCCUCCUCAGAAUGUCAGUGCCAUGUAUGUAAAACCCAUUUGGGAAAAGUUAUAUGAGGCUGAUCAUAAUACCCAUUCUUGUAAUAGGUAAUUUUGCCUGGAAAAAAUGCUAAAUCCAGGAUGAAGUUGUGACUUUUUUCGCUUGCUACAGAAGAAUUAACCCCUUCUUGUCUGCCAACUCGAGGAAAUUGGUCAGUUUCAAUGCCUAUUAAUACCUUUGGUAAAAGAAAGUUGGACGCUUCUAUACUAAUGCUACUUUUAGUUCUAUUUUUCCUAAGCAUCAUAAAUCAAUGAAAGAGUGCCAUUAAAAACGGCGGCAUAGCAACUCGCCCCGAAUUAUUUUUGAAAAUCUUUCUCUCAUCUCAUUUGUUGAGGAAUUUCAAUGUAAGUCUACUUUUCCUCAGAAGAGAACACUAAUAACUGCCACUACCAUGAACCUUGCUUAGCUACACUCGCAGCAUUGUUUGCUUCACUAUUGUCCCUGUUUAGUACUGAUAUUUUAGUAUUAAUGUUGUAUAGUAUUGUAUUAAAUAAUUAAUUGUUAAUUGAUUAGUCUCUUUUCUGUAUUUCCUCUUGAGUCUUGGGCAACUUUUUCUCCCUUCCAGGGACUUUUGGUGCUUUGUAAAUAGCUGUCGGGAUGUGACAGCUAUCCCUUUUCGGGGUGUCUCCUAUUCUUUUGACAAGUGCGUUCCUCAUGCGGAAAGUCUUUUCUCUUUCAAAACCAGUCAGCAGCCGGAUUGUUGAAAUUUAUGUCGGCACGACAAGAAUCGAAAAUCGAUAUAUUACACGGCGCAGAUAGGGCUAUGUCUUGUCUUAUCGUACCGAUAUAGCCAGUUAAAGUUUCAACAAUCCGGCUGCAGUAGUGUUAAUCUAGAAUUGAGACAGUUGUGUCUACACAAAGGAAGACAGUUAUCUAUUGAUGGUUGGAAGAUACAAGAACUUCUGAGGAUACGACUAAGUCUUGGAAUGCACCAAUAAACAAGUCUUGUUCCUGAUUUGAUCAACGAUUUGAGUGAAGGCACCCCAUUGAUGUUAGUUAAUGACCAGACAUGGGCAGCUGUUAGGUCUCUCAUUAGUUUGGUGAAAAUGAGAGGCAGCAUAGAGGCGCAAGUAGCGAGAUCUUAAAUGUGAAUUUCAGAAACAUAUAUCAUCCUAAAAUUAUGAAUAUCAAAUUCUUGCAGUUAGGCAUUUUUGUGAUCAUAACCACCUGCCCUUGUGCUGCUCAGUAGCGAACAUCAUUUGACGUAUGAAAUAAAUUUAGCUAUCCCUUUGUAAAGCAGAUUUUAAUGUAAGUACCAAUGUAGCAUUAAAGAAUAUUAUUUUAUUUAUUAAUUUAUUUAUUUUUCAUAAUCUUGAGUCCGCCACGAAAAAAAUGGAAAAUCCAUCCUUUCUCAAUAACCCAGUUUUUCUUAUACCUCUUUUCAUUUGUUUCACUAGUUCUUUGUAAAUACUGAUUUUCUAUCCAGGAUAUUUCAUUUUAUCAGUCAAGUAAUGCAUUUACUUUUGUUGAAUAAAUACCUUAUUUAUAAACUGA